CUCUUUUUGCACGUGUGUUUUUUCUCCACACACAACAGCAACCGCACACGAUGUCAGCGUGGGACUCUGGAUCAGAUCGGGGAUCGGACUCUGACGCGGAUUCGGAGGCCGAGUUCGCAGCAUAUCGCGCCCUCCACUACUCCAGCAUCUCCAAUGCCGUCCCCGCAGCGACGCCCGGAGCACAAGGGCCCACAACAGAAGAAAAGCAUCCUGCCACGCCAUCGGAGUACGCCGCACAGGAGAACGGUAGCACGGCACAUGUCCAGUCACCUGCAGCGCUCAACACUUCCGUGGACGACGAGCCCGGCCGCGCGUCUGCCUUUCGCCAGAGACAGCUCCCGAAGGAGCCGCUCUUUGUCGAAGCAUACAGCACCGACGACGAUGGCGGAAACACAGACGACUCCAGCCGCGCGCGCCAGGCCCGCCGCCGUCGCCGCAAGCGCGGUGCAGGCGGUGCGGAUGCAGCAGCUGAAGCGAGCAAGCUGAACAGCAGCGUGGACAACUUUGUACUCAAUGCAACCGUCUCUAGUGUGGAGAGCGUGCAGGUGGUUGAAGACUCGAACAGCAGCAGUGGAAGCAGUGGAAGCAGCAGUAGCAGCAGUAGCAGUAGUAGUAGUGACAGUAGCAGUAGCAGCAGCAGCAGCAGCGGUGACGACUCUGUUGUUGUUGUCAUCGAUGACGAUGAUGAAGAAGAGGAAGACAUUGCAGGCCAUAGACAAAUGCACAGCGCGAGCAAGACGGACACAACAGAGAGCAACACUACCGCCACCACCGCCACCGCCACAGCAUCGGCGCCGAAACCGACAGCAGCCACGGCAGCAGCGGUGAUCGCCGCUGCAAAGACGGUCAAGUACGUUGAAGCCAGCAGCGACGACGACGCCGACUUGUGGGCAGCAGACCACGACACGGGCCCAAAGACAUAUGAUCGCUUCUCCCGUGCGCGCUCGUUCAUCAAGUGCCACAACUGUCGUGGAUCCGGCCAUCUUGCGCGCGACUGCCCAGAACCAAAGCGGGCGCCGUAUUGUCGACUGUGCGGACUGAAGGGCCACACCCGAUCCCGAUGCAUGCACGAGUGCUGCUUCAACUGCGGAUUUCCAGGCCACCGCACAAAGAGCUGUGACCUACCAACCAGCCGACACCACACGCGCUGCAAGCGCUGUUCACAAAGCGGCCACCUUGAAUGGAAAUGCUCGGACACGUGGCGCCAAUACGCCGCAAUCCAGUCUGAGCGCGAUCUUGAGAAGCGGCUUCGCCCGGCCAUCGGCCACCGCUCCGUGCGCUUCUGCUGCCACUGCGGCGAGGCAGGCCAUCUCGUCCACAGCUGUCCAGUCCCGCGCCGCGAUUCUGUCCGCGUGAGCGUCGUCGUCCCCACCUCAUACGACUUUGCAGGCUCAAGUGCGUACUUUACGUCGCUUCCGUCAUCAUCAUCGUCAGCAUCAUCGUCGUCGUCGUCGUCGGGCAAGCGUAAAGCGGGCAGUGGUGAUGGACACACGAUGAAGCGCAGCAAGCGUGGUGGCGACGGGCGCGAGGAAGGCGGCGUGACACGAUACGCGCGACGCGUGUUUGAGGGCGCAAAGAAGCUGAUUGGGAGAGGCAAGAAGGGAAAAGGCAAGCGCGAUGGCGAGGCAGGGGAGGACUCUGCCAACAAGAGCAGCAGGAAGAAGAAGGACAAGAAGAAGAAGAAGAGGGAGGGUGGCAAGGGAACAGACGAGAGGCAACAGCGCGGCAGCAAGCGAGGGGAUGCGAGAGCGCCUGCGAAGCGCAAGAACAGCAACAAGAAGAACAAGCGCAGCAAGCAGGCGAGCAGUGGCGAUGGCGGCCGAGUGGUCACCAUGGGCGGCGGAUUCCGUCACUCACGGAAGUAGCACAGGGCACCAGGCGUGUGUGUGUGUGGUUGUGUGUGGUUGUGUGGGUGUGUGGUUGUGUGGUUGUUGUUGUAGUUGUGUGUGAUUGUGGUUGUGUAUGUGUGUGUGUGUGUGGUUGUUGGAAGGCUCUUGAGGUCAGGUUGGCGAGAGCGAGGUGACCGUUGAGAGGUGGGAUUUUGUGUCUGCUUCGGAGGUGUGCGAGCAUAGGUUGCUUCCUUUUACUGCAGCAAGUAAACAAAGAAACCAAUGCCAA